GCCUCACUCACUCACAGCGUCAGAUUUAACCGGUGACAGCCAGAGACAGAAGACCUACGAGAACUCGUGUGGAUUUCAAAAGGAAAGUUAUUAAAGUCCGUGCUGGAUUUUACGUGCAACAUGACUUUUGAGGAACUUAAUGGAGAUUACUCUGUUGAAAGGAUGGAUUCUGUGAUUAAAGCUCUAGAGGAGGUCCUGCGCUCCGCAUUACCGCAGGGAUCUAUUACAGUUGGGGUGUACGAGGCUGCAAAGUCACUCAAUGUGGAUCCUGAUAACGUGGUGUUGUGCAUCCUGGCCACUGACGACGACGAUGAUGUGAAAGAUGUGGCGCUUCAGAUUCACUUCACUCUCAUUCAGGCUUUCUGCUGCGAGAACGACAUCAACAUCCUGCGCGUGAACAACACGCGCCGCCUCGCGCACAUCCUCGGGGGCGCGGGCAUGCACGGGAGCGAGCAGAUGGAUUUGCACUGCAUUCUGGUCACUGUUCCACAUGCAUCCACAUGGAAAAACCCAGCUCUGGGAAAAGUGAACCACUUCUGCAGAGAGAGUCGCUGUAUGGAUCAAUGGGUGCCCAUUAUCAACCUUCCAGAACGAUGAGGACAGCUAAACCCAAGAGGGGAAAACAUGGAUAAAAAUAUCUAGUAAAAAAGAUAAAAAAGGUGGUCGCAAAAAGGACUGAUUGCCCAGACCGGCGGAACAAGGGACUGACCUUUAGUAUAAACUGGAGGAGGAGCACCUUUUAGCAAUCUGAGAUGAUUCAGCGCUUUUUGGCUUUGUUUGUGGGACUUUUUAAGGACGUCACAUGAAGCUGAUUGUGAAUGGAAGUGAGCACCUGAGUAUCUUGUGAGAUAGUUUAUUGGUGGGGUGUCAUAAAGCACUUCAGUUAAUUACAGGAUGAAAUAUUUCUCAGAGCAACACGAAGCACUAUUUUUCAAAGAGGCUGGCCUAUUUGUAUCUUUGCCAUCGGUUUUGAAUAGUAUACCAUCAGUACUUGUUUAUUAAUGUUUGAAAAUAAAUCAUUUUAAAAAGGA